GCUCCUCUCUGAACGAUGCUUCUGCAUUACCUGCUUGGAGCACCAGGUGGCUGGUUCUAUAUGGGGCCUUUCUCAGCUCGGUUGCAUCACUUCCUUUUGGCUUUCUUCUGUGAGAGCGUGGAAGGCGAGGCUGCUUCCUCGUCCCUGUUCCAGCCAGGAGGCUCCUGUGCAGACGCCCCGAAGAGCAUUCUUUGCACGCGUUUAAAAGGGCAGGAGGGAAGCGCCUUAGAGCCGCGAUCGACCUUUCCCCCCUCUUUUUUUCUUUUGCAAGGACUACCCCAGUCUCUCGUGGAGACCGACGGAAGCAUGGGAGUCACCUGUGUUUCCCAGAUGCCAGUGGCAGAGGGGAAGAGUGUCCAGCAAACAGUUGAAAUUUUAACAAGAAAGCUUGAGCUGCUUGGAGCAGAGAAGCAGGGAACCUUUUGUGUAGACUGUGAAACGUACCACACUGCACCCUCCACAAUGGGCAAUCAAGGGCAGGCUGCCAAGCUGAUGUACGUGAUGCACAAUUCCGAAUAUCCCCUCAGCUGCUUCGCUCUCUUUGAAAAUGGUCCUUGCCUCAUAGCAGAUGCAAACUUUGACGUUCUUAUGGUGAAGCUGAAAGGCUUCUUUCAGAAUGCUAAAGGGAACAAGAUAGAGAGCCGGGGAACCCGGUACCAGUACUGCGAUUUCUUGGUGAAGAUUGGCACUGUUACCAUGGGGCCCAGUGCCCGUGGUAUAUCUGUGGAGGUGGAAUACUGUCCGUGUGUGGUAGCCAACGACUGCUGGAACCUGUUAAUGGAGUUCAUGCAAAGCUUCAUGGGAAGUCACGCUCCCGGAAUCCCUUCUGUGUUUGGCAAUAAGCAUGACAGCAUCUACAGCUCAGCUGACACAAUGGUCCAGUACAUGGAACUCUUCAACAAGAUUCGCAAGCAGCAGCAGGUGUCUGUCGCAGGAAUCAGAUGAGGAAAGCUUCGUAAGGCCUUAUUUCACAGGAGCAAUCACUUUGCUGAAUAGUCGGUUGAAAUUGCAGUUCCAUCCCAGUAGUCCAGAUUGCAAUUGUUUCCCAUUCAAUCAAUGCAGUCUGUCUCCCUAAGAGAGGUAGAAUUAAUUCUGUCUCAUCUCAAACCUCCAGGGGUAUAUGCCUCUCUUAUAAUAAUGGCAUACUUUGCCUUAGACUGCUAUCUCAGAGAUCUUCCUCCCGCUCCUGAAGCAAGAUUCCUGCCCCUGAGUGGAAACUGGAGGAAAACAAUCAUCUUGAAGGAGCACAGGGUGAAACUGCAUAUAAAUAGGAGAUUGGGCUUUGGGGGUCCUUAAUUUCCUUGACUGGCUAUGAGUGAACAUGAAAUUUCUAUGAGUGUGAAAAUAUGUUAAUAUGGCUUUUAUUUAAGAAACUUUAAUUUUGCAUAUUAAUGCUGUAGAUGUUAUCUAAUGGCAAAUUUUAUCCUAUAAUUUGUGGAAGAUUUAUAUUUUGGGUUGAAAUGUAAUAUCUCAUUGAAGCAAGCAAGAUAAAUUAUCUGUUGGCCUAUCAGUGUUUAAGUUAUUGGCAUCUCACUAUCUUCAAAAAGCGUUUGAGAGGAGUAAAAUGUUUGGGCUUUAGGUUCAUUUCACUGAAGUCUUAGGGCUUAAUUCCUCUGCCUUCUUGACUAAUGUUUUCUGCUGGAACAGAUAAAAGCCCUGACAGUGCAAAACUUGUACAGAGCAAGAUUGCAGUCAAAAUCACUAAGGUAUCAUUAUCAUUUGAAGAUGAUAUCUAAAAAUGCAUACCUUGCAAGUUCUCAAAAAUAUUAAGAAUGAUGCUUAUUAAAGAAGCUAACAUUUUCACCUUA